UCUGUUUCCUCCUGGGCUUGGGACUAUUUUAUGUGUCCAUCCGCCGCAGUCUGUCACUGUCUGUCUGUCCAUCUUAGCCCCUCCUUCUGUCGAGCCCCCCUCCGCCCCUCCUCCCCUUCUGGUCUUCUCAGCCUCCCUAAAUUCUAGCCUCUUGCACGUCCCACCAGCCAGCCUUGGCCUUCUCUCUCAGGGAUUCGAUUUUUCUCCCUUUCCCCUGGCUUCUACCUCACUGAGGUCUAGCCUCUUUGGUCUCUAAAGUUCCCCUUGGCAGCUGGUCAGGUCUUACUUGGCCUUGAGCUUCUCGGGGACGCCUCCGGAUCCAAACCCUGAUCUGUUUCGGCUUGCUUCUCCUCCGGUGGGUCUCCCUGCCUGCGUGAGCCUGUUUUCAGUACCCAGAGAAGAGCCAGCAUGUCUGUGGCUGGGUUAAAGAAGCAGUUCUACAAAGCCAGCCAGCUGGUCAGUGAGAAGGUUGGAGGCGCCGAGGGAACCAAGCUGGACGAUGACUUUAAAGAGAUGGAAAAGAAGGUGGACCUUACCAGCAAGGCUGUCACAGAAGUCUUGGCCAGAACAACAGAAUACCUCCAACCCAAUCCAGGUAAGGGCUGCGCUCUGACAAUGCUGAACACGGUGUCCAAGAUCCGGGGGCAAGUGAAGAACCCGGGCUACCCGCAGUCAGAAGGCCUCCUUGGCGAGACCAUGAUCCGUUACGGCAAGGAGCUGGGGGAUGAGUCAAAUUUCGGCGACGCCCUGCUUGAUGCUGGAGAGUCCAUGAAGCGCCUGGCGGAAGUGAAGGACUCCCUGGACAUCGAAGUCAAACAGAACUUCAUCGACCCCCUUCAGAACUUAUGCGAUAAGGACUUGAAAGAGAUCCAGCACCACCUGAAGAAGCUGGAGGGCCGGCGCUUAGAUUUCGACUACAAGAAGAAGCGCCAGGGGAAGAUCCCCGAUGAGGAGCUGCGGCAAGCCCUGGAGAAGUUCGAGGAGUCCAAGGAGAUCGCGGAGACCAGCAUGCACAACCUCCUGGAGACUGAUAUCGAGCAAGUGAGCCAGCUCUCGGCGCUGGUGGAAGCUCAGCUCGUCUACCACAAGCAAGCAGUGCAGAUCCUGGACGAGCUCGCAGAGAAGCUCAAGCGCAGAAUGAUGGAGGCAUCCUCACGCCCCAGGCGGGAGUACAAACCGAAGCCCCGAGAGACGUACGAGUUUGGAGAGACUGACCAAUCCAAUGGAGGCUUUUCCUGCAACCCCGCCGCCAAAGUCACAACUUCCUCCUCUUUCCGAUCCGAAAAACCAUCCCGGACCCCCAGCCGGAAUUUUUCUCAUCUCGACCAGCCCUGCUGCAAGGCGCUGUAUGAUUUUGAGCCUGAGAACGACGGGGAACUGGGCUUCAAAGAAGGUGACAUCAUCACACUGACCAAUCAGAUCGAUGAGAACUGGUACGAGGGCAUGAUCAACGGCCAGUCAGGCUUCUUCCCGCUCAACUACGUGGAAGUGCUGGUCCCGCUACCUCAGUGAGGCGGCGGCCUCGCUCAGCUUCCUGUUCCAGGUUUUCGACUUCCGUUCUCGCCUCCCGCUACACUGAGAACGCUUACGGGGGUGGGGGGACAUGGAAGUCUGGACUUCCUUCUUUACAUUCCGAGUGGUAACCUGACACUAAUUUUUUUUCCCGUCCAGCCGGUGGUAAUGGAAGGGUUGAUUGUAUCGGCACAAGGCUUGGUGAAGGGAACAGGCCUGAGGCGGGGAGGGGGUGGGCACGAAACACAAACGUGGACGAGUCUAACCCCACACAUCUCCCUGGUCUUCCCCAAUUUGGGAUGCUUGAAUGGAGAUAUCAAGCCAGAUAGGGCCUGCAUUUGUCCACUGUGUGCCUCUUGUUUUUCUUUUGUGCUUUUUAUGUGCUGUUCCUCCCCGCCCCCGCCCCAAACACAUAAAGCACACUGCCAGAGCUGGAAAUUUGGGGUGCGCAGCUUGGUUUGUGGGUCUCCUUGGGUGUGUGCGUGGGAUCUGCCUUUUUGUCCCAAAAGCAAAGGACAAAUUUCUGAACUUAUCGCAGAGUGCGUUAAACACUACCGGAGAACUUCUGUGUCUUCUGCUGCUGCAGGGGGCGGAAUCAGUUGCAGCCAUCUAUUUUUAUUUGCUCCCCCUUGUCUCCUUCAGAUUAUAUGUAUACCUAGAAGAAUUCUUCUAGAGAAACAGAUGUGUGUUUAUAUGGGAAGGAAGGGGCCGAGUUUUCAGCAAGAUCUGGGCUGUACCGUUUUAGACCAUAGAUGGAGAUCUGAAGCACUGAAUGCUUCUUCGUACCAAAAGCAGUUCCCCACAAAUAAAAAAAUAAGGUUGUCAGGCAAAAAA